CUUAAAGAGUGGUGAAUUUUACCUGAUGUAUAUGGAAGCAACAAAAACUGUGUUAGCACUAGUCCUCUUCAUAUGUCAGCUCGUAUUAGAAUUAAGUGUUUUUCAUUGUUUUUGCUUGUGCCCGGUUCAAUUAGCAUUGGGCCGGGUUUUGUAUUUACUGAAUCCUUUUUGUGCAGAUUAUUAACAAAUGACAAGUUCGCAUCCAUUUUAAUAAUAUUACAAGACCUGUAUAUGGAAGGGGCGUUGAUGUAUUCUCCAAUGUUCAAUAUGAUCUUUGCUUGGCAAGAUGUUGUAUAUGCGAUGAAACAUGAAGAGUUGUUACUCCUAUGCGCGACGAUCACUGCCAAGUCAGAUAUACAUGAUAAAUUAUUUCCAUUACAUAUGCCUAUUUAGUUGUGGUAUUUGAUGAUUUCUUUUGCCUAUAGUGUUAGAAGACUGUGUGGGAUAUAGUUGUCAUAACAUGGAGCACGAGAAGAGUCCGUUGUGCUGCAUUUACAGUUUUAUAGUGUUUCAGUGGCUUUUUCUUUGGUUAGUGGUACACCUUUGUGGGACACAAUGAAGUUUGAACUAUAAGCAUAAUAUCAACCAGAAAUCAACAGAACUCGGCAAUAGUUUCCUGUUUGAUCACUCAUUCUGUCUUGCUGAUGCAAAAGCGGAUCUGUUAAUGUAAUUGUCACUCCCCUUUAAUGGCAGUUAAUUUCGCAAAAGUUGUUUGACUGGUCCUGAUUAUUUGUUGGCAACUUAGUCAAAAGACCCUUUGAAUAUGUAUGUAUACCCGCAUCUUGAGGUUCGUGCUUCACAGAGUGGUUUAGUCUCUUAGAGAGUUGGACAGUUAUGGAGCAAUCUAGAAAGCUUCCAUAUACCCUAUCUUCAUGAUCAACAUGGUAGCUCUGUCUUCCUAGACAGUUGUAUGGAACUGCACCAACUGCUUGCUGUAACAGAAGGAAUUUGCUAGAAUCCUGAGACCAUGGAACAGUUGCAUAAUCACAAUCCUGUAAACAUUUUGAUGUCUUAGUAGAACAUUCUAUGGAUAUCUAAUGCUCCAGACAAUCUCGAGUGACUGCUAUUAUUUUGUUACUUAUCCCUUCAUAUCGCAGUGAUGCUAAAAUUUGUCCUUAUGCCGUGGAUGUAAAUUCAUUGAGCUUUGAAUCUGGAAAUUUGUACCUUUGGUGAUACACAACGGUUGCUUUGUUUCUCUGCCUUUGCAAUUUUAAUCUUAUUAUGUACUUGUUAUGGACUUAUGAUUUUGCUUUUCAACAUAAUCUUGUGGUAUGUGGGACUACUAUCUCACAUUUAUUUCAGUGCAGCAGGGUGGCAGUUAAAUUUGAGCAGCUGGCGCGAUAAGGAUAUGAUUUUCAUAUGUUGCGGAAUCUUCUUUGGGCAACCUCAAAACAUGAUGUGUACCUUAUGCAAAAUUACUCAGUGAUGCAUUGGUCCUCACUUCGAAGGAGCGGCAAAGAAGUGCUAAAUGUUGCCAAACCUAUUGUACCCACACUUAAAUACCCUGGAUCUAUGGCUCAGACCCUCUCCAGGGUCCAAAUCAGCACCAUGGCUGUUAAAGAUAAUCUACUAGUGGCUGGUGGUUUUCAGGGGGAGCUGAUAUGCAAGUAUUUAAACCAAUCUGGGGUUGCCUUCAGCACAAAAAUUACCACAGAUGAAAAUGCUAUAACUAAUGCAGUAGACAUAUGCCACAGCCCCACUGGCUCAGUGAGGAUCAUCACUGCAAAUAACGAUGCCCAGGUCAGGGUUUUUGACGCUGGAAACUUCAUGUGCCUCAAUCGUUUCUGCUUCCCCUGGUCUGUUAAUAACACCUCAGUCAGUCCCGAUGGUAAAUUACUCGCGGUCUUGGGGGACAGUUCGGAGUGCUUAGUCGCAGAUGCUCAGUCUGGCAAGGUCCUUGGGAACCUCAAGGGGCACUUGGAUUAUUCAUUUUCUUCAGCUUGGCACCCAGACGGUAGGAUUCUGGCAACGGGAAACCAAGACACUACUUGCAGAUUGUGGGACAUUCGAAACCUGUCCCAGUCUGUAUCUGUACUCAAAGGAAGAAUGGGUGCAAUCAGAGCCAUACGGUUCACGUCAGACGGCCGGUUCAUGGCUAUGGCUGAGCCGGCAGACUUUGUUCACAUCUUUGAUACAAAAUGUGAUUACGUCAAGGGACAGGAGAUUGAUCUUUUUGGUGAGAUUGCCGGAAUUUCAUUCAGUCCAGACUCUGAAGCUCUUUUCAUCGGGGUUGCAGAUAGGACAUACGGCAGCUUGCUAGAGUUCAACAGGAGGCAUUACAACUGUUAUCUUGACUCCUUACUUUAGGGAGGGUGCAAAUGUUGUGCAGAUGAAUAUAGCAAUUAGUCAAAAUUGUUGGAUUUAUCAUGCCUUUGUCCAAUGGGUUGCCGCUUGGGCUGUCUUUUAUAUCGAUAUUGGCGGUGAACUGGAGCUGUUUCUGUUUGGGAAAUUUGUUUUUGAAAGAGGAAGGGGCAAGGUUUUUUUCUGGUUAUGGGAAGGUCUGCGGUUGCUUUUCCACAUCUGUACAUGGAUGGACGUAAAUAGUAAUGGUUGUUUUGUAAAGCCACUGUCUCGAACAUUCUUUGGAGGUGCUCGUUUAUUCAAGUUUUAUUAUACCCUUUGCCUA